CGUUAAUUGUGGGCAAGAUGAAGUGGAUGAUCUACAUUUAGCGAUCCCCGCCACGAAACUACAGUAGAUUAUUAAGACAUGCCAGUACGACAGGCGCGCGAACUUCAACACCUUGACGCUUCCCUACACUAAUCGAGCUGCUCGAGGAUAUCACGACACACUGCAUACAGGAUGAGCUUCUCCGCGGAAGAGAGGGAAUUUUUGGAGAUUUUUCGCCGACAGUACUUCCAGUUACUAGAACCGAGUCAACUACAAUGGCCCAACGCCGAUUUCUUGAAGCAGCCUCACGUUCAGACCUGGCUCUUCCAAGAAAUGUUUGACCGGGAUUCCAUCCAGUACUCACCGCCGGUGAGAUAUCAUGUGCGGGUGCUCAAACAACUCGUGGCAAAGAUAGAGGAUGCCAUCGACAAUCCCGAGGAGGAUGAGAUAUCCGACGACCUCAUGUCUUCUUUGUCACUACUUCUGGCAUCCAAGCUUCCUUCAGAGUCCGAGUCUGCUCAAGCGAAAGCAUACGUAACCUACAGCUUCGAUGGCGAGCGAGCAGUGACGUUGCUUGAGUCUCGUUCGGUGAUCUCGUCCUCCGGAACCACCGGGCUUCGCACAUGGGAAGCCGCUUUGCAUCUUGGCGCUUAUCUCGCGACAGACGCCGGAAGCGCCUUGGUCCGGGGGAAGAGGAUCCUCGAACUUGGCGCUGGGACAGGGCUUCUGUCGAUUCUCUGCACGAAGCAUCUGCAGGCACUGCACGCCACGGCCACCGAUGGCGAUGAGGGAGUUGUGGAUGCCAUCAAGUCCAACGUAUUCCUCAAUGGUCUGGACCGAUUUGCCAGCACAGACUCCAUCGUUCUCAGAUGGGGCGCGAAUCUCAAUGGAAGCUUCUACGACGAUGAGACAACAGAGGGACAGUAUGACGUUGUCCUUGGAGCAGACGUCGUAAGCUUAACCAGGAGCGGUCUGACCGGUGAAAAAGUUCUAAUGUAGGGCUGCGCAGACUUACGACAAAUCGGUUAUCCCAGCACUCGUCUCCACCCUAGCUGAGCUGUUCCAGCAUCAGCCUGCCCUGAAGGUUCUCAUUGCGGCAACCAUUCGUAAUG